AUGGUUUCAAUUCAAUUACAAAAACAAAAUCUAUUACAAACUAAACUAUUCAUCAAUGGUAGUUGGAAAGAAGGUGUUACAGGGAAAUCAUUUGCAAUUUUGGAUCCGGCAACUAAUGAAGAGAUUACAAAAGUUUCAAAAGCUAGUGAAGCUGACUAUGAAGAGGCAAUUCAAUCUGCAUUCACAAGUUUCCAAAGUUUUAAAAAGACAAGUGCAAGAGAACGUUCGAAGUUAUUAUCAGAUUUAUAUCAAUCAUUAAUUAAAAAUAAAGAAGAUUUAGGUAAAAUUCUAUGUUAUGAGAAUGGUAAACCAUUGAAAGAAUCAAUUGGUGAAAUUGAAUAUGCUGCUUCAUUUUUUCAAUGGUAUUCAGAAGAAGCACCAAGAAUUUAUGGAGAUGUGAUUCCAUCAUCAAGUGCUUCAAAGAGAAUUAUUACAAUUCGUCAACCAAUUGGGGUUGUAGGUAUCAUGACACCAUGGAAUUUCCCAGCAGCAAUGAUUACAAGAAAAUUGGGGUGUGCAAUUGCAGCUGGUUGUACUGCAGUUAUUAAACCAGCUUCAGAAACUCCAUUGACAGCAUUAGCUAUUGGUAAAUUAUGUGAAGAAGUUGGCUUCCCACCUGGUGUUGUUAAUAUAUUGGCAACUGAUCAUGAAUAUACUUCUAAAGUUGGUGCUUUAUUAUGUGAACAUCCAAAAAUUAAAAAGAUUUCGUUUACUGGAUCUACAGGAGUUGGUAAAAUUCUACAAAAACAAGCAAGUUCUACUCUGAAAAAGACAUCAUUUGAAUUAGGUGGUAAUGCACCAUUUAUUGUAUUUGAAGAUGCAGACAUUGAUAAGGCAAUUGAAGGUUUAGUUGCUUGUAAAUUCAGACAAAGUGGUCAAACAUGUGUUUGUGCAAAUAGAAUAUUUGUCCAGGAGAAUGUUUUUGAUGAAUUUUUGUCAAGAGCUAUUGAAAAAGUUAAAGGUUUCAAAUUAGGUAAAGGUUAUGAUACAAAUGAUUCUUCAAUUACACAUGGUCCAUUGAUUAAUAAAAAGGCAUUUGAGAAAAUCAAAAGUUUAGUUGAUGAUGCUAAAUCAAAAGGUGCUAAAGUUGAAAUUGGUGGUGAAGGUUCUUCAUUAGGUGAUAAUUUUUACAAGCCAACAAUUUUAACUAAUCUAACUCCAGAAAUGGAUAUUUUCACUGAAGAAAUCUUUGGUCCAAUUGCUCCAAUAAUCAAAUUCGAGACUUUGGAAGAAGUUAUAUCCUUGAACAAUUCAUUAGAUGUUGGGUUAUCAGGAUAUUUCUUUACAAAAGAUAUAAACAGAAUGUUCAAAUUAGGUGAAGCUUUAGAAAUUGGGAUGAUUGGUAUAAAUACUGGUGCUAUAAGUGAGGCUGCGGUACCAUUUGGAGGUGUUAAAGAAUCGGGUUUUGGUAGAGAAGGUAGUAAAUAUGGUAUAGAAGAUUACACUACUAUCAAGACUAUGAUUAUUGGAGUUGAGUGA